AUGACCCAGGGGGUUCAGUUUCUCGCUCCGGAGCCCAUACAUCUAACAGAUAACGAAUCUCCCGCCGAAAAUUCGCCUCAACGAUCGCUACAUUUCAAGCAAAUUACCGUAGGCGAUUGCACCAUCGUCAAUGGGCAGAGGAGCAAGUUUUCCGUAUGGCAAAUCCAGCUCGUACUAUCACCUCGAUCAAAUACUGGUAACAGUAGCCCACACAUACAACUAUACAAGAGGUAUUCGGACUUUGUGGUUUUCCGUGAAAGUUUGCUAGGCAGUCUUCCACCAGAUCUGCGAAAGAGCGUUCCAGAGCUUCCGCCUAGAGUGAGUUGGUACGAUUCCUGGCGCUACCAAGAAGCCAACUUUAAUAGCAGCUGGCUCGCGCGUCGCCGUGCUGGUCUUGAGUUUUUCCUCAAUCAGGUGCUGCUUAAUGACAAAUUACUAGCGAAGGCUGGAACUUGCAUAAGGGCGUUUCUAGAAAACUAG